AUGUCAUCAUCAUCAGAUCGCGAACCACUCCUUCCUACGCAUUCAAGACCUCAUGUGAAUCAUUCAUCUUCAUCUAAAUUAUCGACCAAUCGAAUAUCAUUCCCGUCCUCGUCCACUUCAGCACUAGGAGCACCCGAUGAUGAUCAGACAUUAGUAUCUUCUCCUCAAGGUAAAAGUAGACCAUGGGAUAACAGCCCGCUGACAGCUGGAGGAGAGAGGAAACCUGGUUUACCCAAACUGUCGAGGGAAUGCUUGGUGAGCGAGAUAAAAUGCUAUGGCUCAUACAUGUUACCCCCUCUUCUCAUUUUUGGUGUACUAGUCAUUGGUGUCAGUCUAGCUAUAGUCGGUUGGAAGAGCGGUUGGUUCCAUAAGUGA